AUGAUAUUUCUCCUCCUCAAAUGCAUGAUGAAGAACCUUCUUAUUCUUAAUUUACUUGAUAAGGAAGAAAGUUUGAAGCUAUUGCAAAACAAGUUAGUCACAGUAAAAUCAUGGCCUCCUGCCUCAAGUGAUCUAUUGAUGCAAAUUGCUGAAAGUUGUAAAGGAUUACCUCUAACAAUUGUGGUCGUAGCUGGACUUUUAGGAAACACAAAGAUGGAAAGUUGGAAGAAAAUUCUAGAUGGUUUGAGCUCAGGCAUUGUAUCCAGUACAGAGCAUUGCAGGAACACAUUGGACUUGAGUUACAAACAUUUGCCUGAUUAUUUAAAGCCUUGCUUGCUCUAUUUUGGGGCAUUUCAAGAAUAUCAAGAGAUUUCAGCCAAGAGAUUGCUUCAUUUGUGGGUAGCUGAAGGCUUUGUUCAGAGGUAUGAGAUGAAAAGGAUACAAGAUGUUGCUGAAGAUUUCUUAAAUGGAUUACUGCGCAGAAGCUUGAUUGUAGUUUCCAAACAAAGAUGGGAUGGUGGAGUCAAAGCAUGUCGUAUUCACGACUUAGUUCGUGAGUUUUGCUUACAAAAAGCCAAAGACGAGCACUUUCUCCAUAUCUUGAAAGGACAGAAUGAGCUUUUAGGAUUUAACGAGCCACAGUACGUGCGGAGGAUAUGCAUUUUCUCUGAGGCUAAACAUUUCAAGCAGUCGAAGUUAUAUUGUCCUCGUGCACGUUGUUUAGUUUUCAACAAGGAGGAGGGCAAAAUCUGUCUGCUAGAUAUGUCAUGUAUCAUUCACAAUUUCAAACUUCUGAGAGUGUUGGAUAUAGCGGAUAUUGAUAUUGGUCCUCGGUUUCCAACUGAAAUACAAUUCCUCGUUCAGUUGGCCUUCUUGGCAAUUCAAGGGUCCUUCACACUAAUCCCACAAUGGAUUGCUAAGCUUUCAAAUUUGGAAACUUUCAUACUUACUUCAACUGAAUACUGGGGGUUGUCAUUUCCAGGCACUUUAUGGAAUCUACAUAAAUUAAGGAAUCUUUACAUAAGGAGAGUUUUUUCUGGAUGCAAUUUGCCGUUAGAGAAUCUAGACAGCUCAUCUGUUUUAUAUGAGCUGGAUAGGCUUUCUGGUGUAUCAUUUCCUAUGGAAGUGAGCAUGGAAAAGUUAAUGAGAAAAUUUCCAAACAUCCGCACGUUGAAAUACACAAUCUCUCUGCAAGACAAGAUUGUGAUUCCAGAGUUCUUGAGUAAGCUAGAGUCAGUUAGUGUUCCAAAUCACUUUGGUUUUCCUCGCAUUUUGGAGUUUUGUUUCCCAGCACAUCUGAGAAAAUUGGCACUGUCAGGAUUUGAGUUGUCUGGGAGAAAUAUUUCAAUUAUUGGUCAACUGCCAAAUCUUGAAGUGCUCAAACUGAUGGAAGUCGAAUUCGAAAGGGAUGCAUGGGAAUUAGAAGAAGGGGAUUUCUCAAAACUUAGAUUCUUAACAUUAUUUUCCAAAGGCAUUGUCAGUUGGAGGGCUUGUGAUGAUCAGUUUGAGCUUUUGCAGAAAUUGGUCUUGCGCAGUUGUAUCCAAUUGGAAAAUAUGCCCUCUUGUCUGGUGUCCAUUUCAGCACUUGAAAUGAUUGAGGUCCUUGAUUGUUCAGAGAAUGUGGAAACUUUGGUGAGAAAGAUUGAAGAAGAACAAGAAAAUUUUGGGAAUUCCCUGAGGAUCAUUAUUCAAGGUACUAGAUGA